UGAAGGGAGCGCAGCCUGAUAAGAACACGUAUAAAAAGAUCCCAACAAGUGGCACUUCUUCGCUUCUCGCUGCUGCUACUCACAUUCACCAUGCUGAAGAUUGUGCUGAUUGCCUGCGUUGUGUAUCUGGCCCAGGCCCAGACAACCCUUGCUCCCAAAGCAACUCACCAUCCUCACCACACCCACGCGGUCCACACCCACGCGGUCCACACCCACGCCACACCUCCUCCACAUGGGGCAUUCUCCUUCGCCUACGACAAGAACAUAGGUGAAAUGGUGAUGAUCUCCAAGACUCACUGCUACCUGUGGGCACUGUCCGACGCCCAGAAGAUGGACAUCCAUGACCCUGCUAAGAUAGAGACACUUGAGUUUCAACUCACUGCCCUCGCCUCCGACACCACGAAGCAGACUGUUCUGACAGGAACCCAAAGCCCGGACCAUUGGGUCACACGACAUUGUCAUAACAGGAUCAUGGUGCAGGUUGCAGCCUAAUGCAUCACAUAUAUAUUCCAUGUAUUGUCAUUCAUCAAUAAAAGAAGUUCUUUAUCA